GUCUGGCAUCUCCCCGGCACAGACGCUGGGACAGAGCAGGUCAUUUGGGCUCCAUGAUGUCUGUGCCUGCUUCCUGGUUCCAGCAUCCUUGUGUCCUGCUGCUGACCCUCCUGCUGGGACUCGCAGGAGCAGCUGAACCAGAGCUGCAGGUGAUUCAGCCUGAGACGUCAGUGUCUGUCGCUGCUGGAGAGUCGGCCACUCUGCACUGCACUGUGACCACACUGCUCCCCGUGGGGCCCAUCGUGUGGUUUAAGGGGUCAGGACCAGACCGGGAGACAAUCUACGCGUUCAAAAGAGGCCACUUCCCCCGAGUCACAAAUGUCUCAGAUACCACACUGAGGGAAAACAGGGACUUUUCCAUCCGCAUCAGGAACGUCACCCCAGCAGAUGCUGGCACCUACUACUGUGUGAAGUUCCAGAAAACCAGCAAUGACCUCAAGGAAGUUAAGUCUGGACCAGGCACCGAGCUGUCUGUGGGAAAGUCCCACUUCCUGGAAACAGCUGCUCUGGAGGAGACCCCUGUGAUGCUGUUCAUGGUGAACAGUGAAGUCCACACUUGCUUCAUAUCUCGUAGCCCUGUUCCUGGGCCCCAAGUUCCUACUGGCAGUCGGUGUCUCUGCCAUCUUCAUCCACAGGAAGCAGAAGUCCUGACUUCUCUGCCACCUUCUUCCUGCUCCUUGGUGCUCAGCCUGAGAGAAGAAGUUGUGGACAAGCCUCUGUAG